UAGGUGCGCGUGGGAGCAGUUAUGUGUUUGGUGGGGUCCGCGUGAGCAGCAAUAUCUUUGGGGUUGUGUGGAUAUCGUUGCAGCUUUUUAUCCAGGUAGAAAUGGGACGUUUACAUUAUGUCUGUGUGCUGGCUUGCACUUUUUUCGUUUCUCAAGCAAAUGGACUCAAAACUUACCGAGACAUGUUCCCUCAUAAGCAUUCAGUAUCGAUGAAGUUUCCACCGAUCCCUGGUUGGAACCCAGACAGUAACCCCUGGGAUGACUAUCUUUACCCACCCUUCAGUCCCAAGGAACUAACGCGGAGGAAAGGUCAGCCCAUCAAAGUUCGCCUGACCAGUGACAGUCCUGCGAUCAUUGGCUCUAUGGUGUCAUUUACGGCCAAGCUAGAGUACCCACCUUGUCAGAAGGAGGAUGCCAAUGGGGAGCUGGUGUGGGAUGAGCAUUGUCCGGAUGGUGUGGAGCUGGAGGCCUCAGCUAACGGUCAGCUGAAGCAUGUGUUUAACUGGACGUCCUGGCUGGAUGACUACGGCUUUGGAAAGUGUACUGACCUGAAGAGAUGUAACGUCUUCCCAGACGGGAAACCCUUCCCUCAGAGCAACGACUGGAGACACAAGGGCUACGUCUACGUAUGGCACUCCAUGGGUCAGUACUCUGAGACGUGCGAUGGCUCCUCUUCCACCCUGACAGUGAACACCAGUGACAUCACUCUGGGGCCGGAGCUGAUGGAGGUCAUGGUGUACAGGAAACGUGAACUCAGGAAGUACAGCCCCCUGGCCACAGACAAGACCGUCUUCUUCGUCACAGACAAGAUCCCAGUGGCGGUGAAUAUUUCCCAGAAGGCAGCAUCCAACCUGUCGGCUAGCGUGUUUGUGCGUGGCGAGGACGUGGUGUUCAGUGUGUCUGUUCACGACCCCAGUAAAUACCUGAAGACUGCCGAUGCCGUCGACUACAUCUGGGACUUCAAGGACGGCAACCAGCUGGUCACCCAUAGCAACGUGGCCACGCAUGCCUACAGCGCAGUCGGCAAAGUUAACAUGAAGCUGACGGUGGAGGUAGCGAUCAAGAUCCCGUGCCCCCCGCCAACACCGAUGAGUGCUACUUCGCCACAAACUACAGCAGCUCCCACACCUCUCACUGGCACUCACUCCAUCACUAGCAAAAUGGAAACAACCCAUGGUUAUGUGCCAGUCACCAGUGCCAGACCCACCUCCAAGGGCCCCAACACACCUGUUCCCGGGACAACAGGCUUCCAGACGACAGAGCCCCUCCCCUCGACGGUGGCUGAUUUGACCCAGGGGUUCAACCCGACCUCGCUGCUGCCAGCUGUCCCCACCCCUAUGGCCCAGCUCCAUCACAGACACCUGGCGGCCACCGACUGCUUCCGCUACCUCUACGGAACUUUCCAGACCAACAUCACCAUCAUCGAGCACCUAAUCAACAGCCAGCCAGCCAAUCGAAUCGUGGACGUGUCUGCUGCCAAGGUGUCCAACACUGACAUCAGCUUCCUGGUCAAGUGCCUGGGCAGCACUCCCACCUCAGCCUGCACCAUCGUGUCGGACCCCUCCUGCCGCCAGGUCAGGAACAUUGUGUGUGACGACGUGCCUCCGUCUUUGGGGUGCGAGGUGCGCCUGCGGAGGACCUUCCUGGAGCCGGGGAUCUACUGUGUCAACAUCACCCUGGAGGAUGCCAGCAGUAUGGCCCUCGCCACCAUCACCAUCAGCAACACUGACCCUGACACACCCGUGUCUAAAGCUCCUCAUGCUGCAGAGGUUGUCCUCUCCUCCAGUGCUAUCCUGGUAGCCAUCUUUGCCUUCAUCGCCUUCAUAGUCUACAAGCGCUAUAAGGUCUACAGACCUGUGACGAGGUCCCUGGUGGAGGAUGCCAGUGUCCAUGUUGAGAUCGGGGGUCGUAUGGGCCGGCUGAGGGAGAUCAUAUUCCCCACCAACGAGGAGAGUCGCCGCCUGCUGACGGACAGACGCCCCGUGUAGACCCACCGUCGGUACUACAGAAGGGAUGCCGAACGAAAUAAAACAAAUAGAACUUACUCAAUAUCCCAACUGACAGAAGAGUGUAUCUGUUCUACACCAUACAUUUCUAUCUGAAUGUUCUGUAACGUUAUAUAAUCCUGAACAGGUGCAAGCGUUUUUACUUAGAGGUUCUUUAGUAACAAAUUAUACAUUUAGCACAUUUAUAAAUGCAUCACAAAGAUUAUAUAUAUACCAAUAACCAAGAACUUCUUUACAUUUUAGUUUGUCAAAGUAACACUGUUAAUAGGUAAGAUGUGCUGAAAAAUAUAAAUAUAUUUUCUGUUUAGUUCACUUUGUAGUAGAAGCACAAGUAUGUGGCAAAUGGCAAGAAUUAAGAAAAGUUUGCAAUAAAACUCAGUGUUUUGAAGUUGGGACGGGGCAGCGUUUAAGGCAGUGCUGGGGUGUAUUCAUUCCACCGAUUCUGUUGCAAAACGUUUCUUAAACAGAACGAAACGGGGCUGGACCUACCUGACUUUGUCCAAUAGACACUCGUUUUGCUCUGUUUGCUUCCAUUUGGUUCUAAAACUGGAAAGACAGUUUCUGUAAUGAAUAAACCCCUGGUGUGAGCGCGACAGUAAGGUCCUUUCCCAUUUCAAUCCCUAGCUUCUUCCCCUAGUCUUUUCAGGUCUGUGAGCUCCAAAGAGAAAUGGGGCUAGGAACUAAAAUGGAACUGGGCCAAAUGGAACUGCUUUGAAGUUAAACGGGUCUCAUGGUUUUGGAAAUCAAAUUUAGUAAAUAUCUUUGCAGACUUUCACAAGCCAAACAAUGUGUUACUUUUAGAAAAUGUUCAAAUAUUAGAUUUAUCAGUUUAACUGUACAUCCCACUACCCAUUCUCUAAUGUGCAUAUCAUUUACAUUUGUUGCACGAAUGUACUGAAUUGUAGUCAUUUAGUUACUAUAAAAAAUAAAA